CCGCGUCCCCGGCGAGUCCCGAGCAGCCCGCGGCCGCCGCCUCCCCGCCGGACCACAGGCCACCCCGGAGCCCUCGCCUCGCCGCCGCCGCCGCCGCCGCCGGAGCGCACGGCCGCCGCUUCCCUCCCGGACUCGUUGCGGGCUCCCGGCGGCGAUGCGACCCUCCCGGACGGCGGGAGCCGCGCUCCUGGUGCUCCUGGCGGCGCAGUUCCCGGCGCGCCCGGCGCUGGAGGAAAAGAAAGUUUGCCAGGGCACCAACAACAAGCUCACCCAGCUGGGCACGUUCGACGACCACUUCCGGAACCUCCAGCGGAUGCUCAACAACUGCGAGGUGGUCCUUGGGAACUUGGAGAUUACCUACAUGCAGAGGGACUACGACCUGUCCUUCCUAAAGACCAUCCAGGAGGUGGCCGGCUACGUCCUCAUUGCCCUCAACGUGGUGGAGAAGAUCCCCCUGGAGAACCUGCAGAUCAUCCGGGGGAACAUGCUCUUUGAGAACACCCACGCCUUGUCCGUCCUGUCCAACUACGGCGCCAACAAGACCGGCCUGCGGGAGCUGCCCAUGCGGAACCUACAGGAAAUCCUGCAGGGCGCCGUGCGCUUCAACAACAACCCCACCCUCUGCAGCGUGGACACCAUCCAGUGGCACGACAUCGUGGACGGCAGCUUCGUGAGCAACAUGUCGCUGGACUUUCAGAGCCACCCGCCCGGCAGCUGCCAGAAGUGCGACCCGAGCUGCCCCAGUGGAAGCUGCUGGGCUGCGGGCAAGGAGAACUGCCAACAGCUGACCAAGACCAUCUGCGCCCAGCAGUGCUCCGGCCGCUGCCGGGGCAAGUCCCCGAGUGACUGCUGCCACAACCAGUGUGCCGCCGGCUGCACGGGGCCCCGCGAGAGCGACUGCCUGGUCUGCCGCCGGUUCCGGGACGGCGCCACCUGCAAGGACACCUGCCCGCCGCUCAUGCUGUACAACCCCACCACCUACCAGAUGGACGUCAACCCCGACGGCAAAUACAGCUUCGGCGCCACCUGUGUGAAGAAGUGUCCCCGGAACUACGUGGUGACCGACCACGGCUCCUGCGUGCGGGCCUGCAGCUCCGACAGCCACGAGGUGGAGGAAGACGGCGUCCGCAAGUGCAAGAAGUGCGAAGGGCCCUGUCGCAAAGUGUGUAACGGGAUAGGGAUCGGGGAGUUUAGAGACACCCUGUCCAUCAACGCCACCAACAUCAGGCACUUCCGCAACUGCACCACCAUCAGCGGGGACCUGCACAUCCUGCCCGUGGCCUUCAAGGGGGACACCUUCACCCACACGCCGCCCCUGGACCCGAGGGAGCUGGACAACCUGAAAACCGUGAAGGAGAUCACAGGGUUCCUGCUGAUCCAGGCCUGGCCGGAGAACAGGACGGACCUGCACGCCUUCCGGAACCUGGAGAUCAUCCGGGGCCGGACCAAGCAGCACGGCCGCUUCUCUCUCGCCGUCGUCGGGCUGGACAUCACGUCCCUGGGGCUGCGCUCCCUCAAGGAGAUCAGUGACGGGGACGUGAUCAUCUCGGGGAACCGCAACCUGUGCUACGCAGACACCAUCAACUGGAGAAAGCUCUUCGGGACCACGAGUCAGAAAGCCAAGAUCCAAGGCAACAAGGACAGCAGAGACUGCAAGGCUCAAGGCCAAGUCUGCAACCGGCUGUGCUCGACACCCGAGGGCUGCUGGGGCCCCGCGCCCGGGGACUGCGUGGCCUGCCAGAACGUCAGCCGCGAGCAGGAGUGCUUGGAGCGGUGCAACCUGCUGGAGGGCGAGCCCAGGGAGUUCGUGGAGAACGGCGAGUGCAUCCAGUGCCACCCGGAGUGCCUGCCCCAGCCCAUGAACGUGACCUGCACAGGACGCGGCCCCGACAGCUGCGUGCAGUGCGCCCACUACAUCGAUGGCCCUCACUGCGUCAAGACCUGCCCGGCCGGGGUCAUGGGCGAGAAUAACACGCUGGUCUGGAAGUUCGCGGACGCCAAUCACAUCUGCCACCUGUGCCACCCCAACUGCCCCUACGGCUGCACAGGGCCAGGUCUUAAAGGCUGCACGAACGAGUCCAAUAUCUCGUCCAUCGCCAUAGGGAUCGUGGGCGGCCUCUUCCUGCUGCUGAUGGUGGCGCUGGUGGUGGGCCUGUGUCUGCGUCGGCGCCACAUCGUCCGCAAGCGCACGCUGCGCCGGCUGCUGCAGGAGAGGGAGCUCGUGGAGCCCCUGACCCCCAGCGGGGAAGCGCCCAACCAGGCCCUCCUGAGGAUCCUAAAGGAGACCGAGUUCAAAAAGAUCAAGGUGCUGGGCUCCGGCGCGUUCGGCACCGUGUACAAGGGGCUCUGGAUCCCGGAGGGCGAGAAGGUUAAAAUCCCCGUGGCCAUCAAGGAAUUGCGGGAAGCCACGUCUCCGAAGGCCAACAAGGAAAUCCUCGACGAAGCCUACGUGAUGGCCAGCGUGGACAACCCCCACGUGUGCCGCCUGCUGGGCAUCUGCCUGACCUCCACGGUCCAGCUCAUCACGCAGCUCAUGCCCUUCGGCUGCCUCCUGGACUACGUGCGCGAGCACAAGGACAACAUCGGCUCCCAGUACCUGCUCAACUGGUGUGUGCAGAUCGCCAAGGGCAUGAACUACCUGGAGGAGCGGCGCCUGGUGCACCGGGACCUGGCCGCCAGGAACGUGCUGGUGAAGACGCCGCAGCACGUCAAGAUCACGGACUUCGGGCUGGCCAAGCUGCUGGGCGCCGAGGAGAAGGAGUACCACGCGGAGGGCGGCAAGGUGCCCAUCAAGUGGAUGGCCCUGGAAUCGAUCUUACACCGAAUCUACACCCACCAGAGCGACGUCUGGAGCUACGGCGUCACCGUGUGGGAGCUGAUGACGUUUGGGUCCAAGCCCUAUGACGGGAUCCCGGCCAGUGAGAUCUCGACCGUCCUGGAGAAAGGGGAGCGCCUCCCGCAGCCGCCCAUCUGCACCAUCGACGUCUACAUGAUCAUGGUCAAGUGCUGGAUGAUAGAUGCGGACAGUCGCCCAAAGUUCCGGGAGUUGAUCAGUGAAUUCUCCAAAAUGGCCCGAGACCCCCAGCGCUACCUCGUCAUCCAGGGCGACGAGAGGAUGAACUUGCCCAGCCCCACGGACUCCAACUUCUACCGCGCGCUGAUGGACGAAGAGGACAUGGAGGACGUGGUGGACGCGGACGAGUACCUGAUCCCCCAGCAGGGCUUUUUCCACAGCCCCGCCACCUCCCGCACGCCCCUGCUCAACUCCCUGAGUGCCACCAGCAACAACUCCGCCGUGACUUGCAUCGAUAGAAACGGGAGCUGCCCCCACAAGGAAGACAGCUUCCUGCAGCGGUAUAGCUCGGACCCCACAGGCGCCCUGACCGAGGACAGCCUCAGCGACGCCUUCCUGCCCGCGCCAGAAUACAUAAACCAGUCGGUCCCCAAGAGGCCGGCGGGCUCGGUCCAGAACCCCGUCUACCACAACCAGCCCCUGACCCCAGCUCCCGGCCGGGACCCGCACUACCAGAACCCCCCCAGCAGCGCCGUGGGCAACCCCGAGUAUCUCAACACCACCCACCCCUCCGCCGUCCACGGGGCCCGCUGGGCGCCGAACGGCAGCCACCAAAUCAACCUGGACAACCCCGACUACCAGCAGGACUUCCUGCCCAAGGAGGCCCAGGCCAACGGCCUCUUCCCGGGGCCCACGGCCGAGAACGCAGACUACCUGCGGGUGGGCCUGCCGAGCAGCGAGUCCAUCGGCGCAUGACCGAGGAAGUGGCCACGGCCGCCAGGCCAGCCUGCAGCCCCCGGGACCGGCCACGCAGCUCCCAGGCCUGCCAGCCACCCGCCGUGCCCCACCACUCCUGCCCCCGCCCCGGACUGGUCUGGCCGGAUCCAAGGAUCUUCUUAGAUCGUCUGACCGGCCCCCUUUCGACCAGGCGGCGCCCCUGCUCGGAUGUGCGCUGGCACGUUGCACUCUGAGCUCCUCAGAAGGCACCGGAAAGAAUGCCGUCCCGGGCAGACGUGCACCCAGCAAUGAGGGACCUUCGGAAAGAAAGCUGCCUACACUGAAGAGGUACUGCUCGGGGGCCCGGGGGUUUUCAGGGCCGGUACUGGCUCGGUUCCGAAUGGGCUUCUCUGAUGAGGAAGAGGCCAGACCGUCCGGAGCUCGCGCUGCCCUGAGGACAGGGGCCCACCUGGGACCAAGAGCAAGGCCAGCCUGAGGGGACGCGGACCGUCGGCUCUGCCUCUGCUCUCCCCGACCGGUCACACGCGCCCUCCCUGACCCCAGCGGCUGACGGUACGCGGCACGGCAUCCCGUCGUGGCAGGUACGAGAGGAUGAGCCGCCUUGCCCCCUUCCUGGGCAGGGAGGACCCGACGACAGAUUCCUCCUCGGACUCGCUUUUCUGUCCGUGUCCCCGUGGUCCUCGCCCUCCAUCCCUUGGCCGGCGUCUUCCCGUGACAAGCCUUAAGACUUCCUUGUUUGUUCUCCAUUCCAUUCCUUUUGGAACCCGAUACGGUUUCCCCGUCAGCAAGAGGAAACGGUACAGCCAACAGGCCAGGCCGGCUCCCAGCCGAGUCAGCAGCACUCAGACCAGAAGCCUUUAAUCAAGACGCGAACGUUCUCAGAGGAAGCCCGUCCGGCCUUGGGGGGUCGGGGGGGGGGCGCAGAUCCGGAGGCUGCGGAGAGGAAGCUGUGCUGGAGACUGGCUGAGUCGCCCCCAAAAAAGAUUCGCUUAGGCUACCCGUAGAAACACCCUUCCUUCUUUCACUUUAAACGUUUUUUACUCGAAAGGUACUCUUCUCUUCCCUUUGGGGAACCCCCCCCCCGUGUGAAUAGACCCAGGCACCCACUCACAGCCUCGCACUGCCGCUUCCCCGCGGGAGUGACGAUGGGGUGGAGAGGGUGGGAUUCAGGUGGCAAAUAGGAAGGCGUGAGUUUGACGUUGACGCUAAUGCCUUCGCAGCAUUGCAGGUGCAUGAGGAGAGAAAAUGUUUUUCCUUCUUUCACAAAAGUCUCUCUCCUCGGAGAGCCCAGCGAGGUGGGGCUCCGACACCCCAACCUGUGCAAGGUGGGCCUCCCCGGUGCGUUACACACUCGUAGCCGCACCCACCCGCCCACCAGCCCAGCAAGACGCAUUCCCCCACCUCUCUGGCCCGGGCUGUGCUCAGCCACACGCACGUGCAAAAUUGUCCUUUCGUUUUUGAAAGAUUUAGUGACUCCGAUGGAUCAGGGCCCCACCGUUUUGUUACCAAAAAAAUUUGUUUCCAUGGAAACACAAGCUCCAUUCACGUUAGUGCCAUCACCCUCGCAAAUACUCCUGAGGCCUCGGCCAGCCCAGCAGAGGUGCUAAUGGUGCAAAAAUCCAUAAGACAGAAUCCCUGGUUCCAAGAAUUCACAACAGAGCAAAGGGAAUGGACCCCCAGACGCUAAACUUAGAACAAGAGGGCCAAGGCUAGGCGAGAUGCGGCAGCCACGCCCUGUGGCGGCACUGGGGGCAGUGUGUGUUGGGGGGGGGGCGGGGGGUGCCUCCAGGAGGCCGGGAAGGCUGGGCAAGGAGGCGGGAGGCUGAAGGCCCGAGGCACCAGGUGGAAAGUGUGCUCCGGGCAGAGGGAACCCGCCUGCACCUGCCAGCGGACCCGCUGAGCCAGGCCCACCCACCGCCCCUUUAAGCCUGGGAGCCCCGGCCUCGCCCCGGGCUCCCCACUGGGGAGGUUGCGUCCCCCCAGAAAUCGGAGAGUGAUCAGGGAGGCGGCCGCACAACAUUGCUGAGCGUCUGCCGUGUUAAGCCAUUGCCACGAGACCACCUUUACUGUUUACCCACCCCGAGCGUAAGUAAUUCCGUGGGACGUGUAUUCGCACUGGAAGCCACGGUCACAUCCAGGGUCGCAGCGACCGGCGGGGAGGGCGCGGCAGCCGGUCGCCUGUGGCCAUUAGGUCCCCGUGUUUUUGUAACUGAAAUGGUUUCUGUGAAACAUAAUAAACCCGCAGAAACGGUUCCAGCGCGCACUCCUUGGGGCUUCCGCUUUCCUGCAUGAAACCUAGUUGCCCGGGUCGCUUCAGGUUGUGUUUUUCCCGAAGUGCUUCUCCCGUCUGUUCCGGGCGGCGCAGGGGCUGGUGGACACGGCUGAGCCUGGAGAGCAGGGCGCCCCGGGGGAGGGGGGACGGGUUUCCAUCUGAGGCCCCUGUCGGCCAGAUGUCAAAGCUCCUGCUGUGCCCUCUGCCCCUGCAGGGGGUGGGCCUGACGCUCCUGCCUCCCCCGCCCCGGCCCUGGCCUUGCCCGCCACCUGGCCGCCUGGCCGCCUGACCUCCAGAGAGUUGGAAGCUGACAUGCGCACUGGGCCACGGUCCUCACGUCCGUCCCAGACCAUCCCUAAGGCGGCCCUGUAACGCACUCUGUGGAAACGCUGUCACCUCCUCAGUGAGACAAAUGAACCCCCCAGGCCUCGGUGUUUGUCGGAAGUUCUCCCCCCAGCUGUGCCCCGCCCCCUCUCCCGCAGACACGGGACUGGGAUGGGACCGGCACCGGUCCGUGUGGCUGCCCGGGAACCUCCAGGUCCCCACCGGGAAGGUCCUGAUGGGCUUCGUCUCCGGUGCAGCCGGGCCCAGGACUUUUCCCAGCCCCCCGGAAUUCUGGUGAGCCCUGCCGCUUGGGGGACCCCUGGGGUGAAGAAAGUUCUGGGGGGCGGAGACGGGGCCCCCAGCUGACCGUCUCCCCGCUCUGAGCUCCUGGCCACGGGCCCCCGGGUGCGUAGCGUCUACAAGGCUGUCGGACCGUGCUCACUCGCGGCGCUCACCCUCACUGCCCACUGGAGUCCCCCGUGAGCUUAAAAGGAAGAGAGCGGGGACCUCAGGCCCCUUUAACCGAAAUCGCAGGGCUCCCCAUGUGGCUGGAGUGGCAGCCAGAGGUGAACCCCCCUCUCUGCGGUCACCCCGGGUCCUACAAGCCCGUGGUCUGGGUCACGCCCAGGUCAGGACCAGAUAAAACUGCCUGCGUUCAGUCGGGAUCCCCGGAGGCAGCCCACAGGGCAGCGUGCGGUCCCUGACACGCGGGACGUGGCCACUGCCGGCCGCUCCGAACGCCUCGAGUCCUUGUCGCCAGCAGCUAACUGACCUGAGAGGGGCAGGUGCCCAGCCAAGUGCGUUUGCUCAGGCGUGAGCGAGAAACGGGCCCCUCGGCCCGUGGGCGGCCACACUGCGAGGGCUGCUGGACGUGCCCUCAGUGCCCACCUCGCCUGCCUGCCUUUGGAGGAGCACGCGGCCACGGCCACGGCCACGAUCUGGUCCUUCCCUCACCCGGGGCUGUAAACCCAACCCAUCAGGAAGCCUGCCUCCCCCACACGCCUGCCGCGGGGCGGGGGGCAUACACCUCUGUGCUCUCAGACACACGCAGGCAGGACUUUCCAUGUACGUCUAUUUUUGUAACUUUUUUGAGGAAUUUUAGCCUCUUAUGUAGCACUGAACUUUGUAAGGUAUGUUUUUUAAAAUAUGUUUUUAUUGACUUCAGAGAGGAAGGGAGAGGGAGAGAGAGAGACAUCCGUGAUGAGGGAGAAUCAUUGGUCGGCUGCCUCCUGCACGCCCUUCAUGGGGGAUGGAGCCCGCAGCCUGGGCACGCGCCCUGACGGGGAAUGGAACGCCGGCCGGGCUCCCAAGCCUUUUAGUCAACAGCGCGUUCUCACCACGUAACCCGGACUAAGACCUCACAGCCCUGGCCGGGUGGCUCAGUGGGUUAGAGUGCCAUCCUGAUACACCAGGGUUUCGGGCCUGAUUCCGAGUCAGGGCACAUAUGAGAAUCCACCGUGAAUGCAAAAACAAGUGGAACAGCAAGUCGCCGUCUCUCUUGUGGGGCAGCUAAAGACAGCGGGCACUCCUGCAGCCUGCGCAGCCCGCCCUCUGGCCGCCGCGCCACCUUCGCUUCCAGGGCGAGAGAAAACCUCGGCUCACCAGUCACCUUCAGAGGGCAGGCGUCAGGAGGACUGCCUGAGCCGUCAGAUGGCUUCUAUCGAAACAAGAGGGUCCGUGCUUUCAGAAACAUGUCGGAUGUCCUUUUCACAAACUGUAUCUGGGGCCAAAACAAGCGAUGUGCGUGUGUGGCUUCUCUCUUCCCGCGGCAGGCACGGUGCACAAGGCUGUCCUCUCUGAAGGCCUACGAGUCCCCACCCUAUCGCCUGGCGGUACAUUUACAUGCAUUUAAUUUUGUUUUUUAUAUAGAAGACCUUCCGCCUAAUUUGGCUGCAAAAUAAUCUUGCUGUGUAAUAAUAGAAUCUCUGACAAACACGGAGACCCUGUGGGUUGGAGGUGACCGUGGAACUGAGUGGCUGGACAGGGCAGUCACUUCCUUCCAAAUCAAGCAGUAGCCGUGCAGCGCGCGGACACGGUACGUUUCUAACCUUGUGAGUGUGGAGAGAGGAAAGCAGUAUUUGUCCACGUGGAACGCAAGCCUCCCGGGCUAUGGUGUACACGUGGGAUCGGGACUCAUGGACUGCGUGUCGAGUAUUUAGCAAUUAGGUGUACACCAUUCAUUGUCUCUAUGCAUAAGUACCUAUACGAAUAAUACUGUAUUCCUGGCUAACAAUGUUGAUAUUCGUUAUUGAUCCUAUCUGACCUCCUGUAGAUGUUCUUUCCUGAUGACUUUUUAAAGUUCAUUAAUAAACUUUAUUUUUAGAGCA